CCCAGUCGUUCCGUGUGUGUUUGUGUUUGAAGAAUUUGUCUCGCGUUUGAUCAAUCAAAAAAUACGAUUUUUUAUAAGCAGGAAGUACUUCAUAUUGUUUGAAGCCGUGUUACGUUUAUAGUUGUGCUUUUUCAGAUUGGGUAAGAAUGAUAAGAAUCCUUUGAUUAUAAAAAUGUAAAAGAUUGUGCAUCAUUUCAACGCUAAACUACAGAGCUAGGCUUACCUUCUCAGCUACUCUGGCUGACUGCUGAGAAGUAAGAGUGGGAGGAGGAGUCAUCCGAGUAGCCUAGGCUAGCCUUCUCAAAUGUCAGGCUAGCUAGAGAUAGGUAGCUGUGUGAGGUUCGAGAGCGCAGAAUGGAUAUGGCGAAUGGACAUUUGCUGGAGGUUGGCGGGUCAGCGACCGUCGUCAGCGAUAUGGAUUCAACUGAUUCUGUUUCUUCCUGGCCACAGUGGCCUGCAUUUUGUGAAACUGAGGCCCACAAAUCAGCAGUUAUUUUUGCCAACUGUUUUAGCGAUUAUGCUAUCGAUCAACCAGAACUCAGAACAAAAAAUAAGGCAAAACAGUAUGCAAAUAGAUACAUUAAACACUUUUUAGAACAUUUUGAACAUGAAAUAAACAAAACUCUGGGUAAUGUUGUUAUCGAAAAUCGUCAGAGUCCACAUCUGCAUCGGCAAGUGCAGGACAUUCAGCGGUCACGAGAAGGUAGUAUCCGGUCUUUAACACCGUCGGCAUCAUUGUCGCCGGAUUCAUUGUCUCUUUUAAACCAUCAAAAUGGUAAUGGGAACUUGGUAACCUCAACAAACCCCUCCUCACACUCCCAAGAUGACCUAUCUAAUGUAGCACGCAUGAAGAAAUCGGCAACUCGAAAGAUGUCAUUUAGAAAAUUUGGACAUAACAUCAGGAAUAGAUUCCGUAAACACAGUGUAAGCGAAAUCGAUAAGUAUCAUCACAAGGAUAAUGAUAUUGUAGUCAAAGAAGGAAUUGUAAAUAAUUUGACCGGUGAGGAUCAGCAAGGUCGGAGUCAGUGGGAAAAGUCACGACUACUUCUUGUUAGCAGACCUGAAGGAUUAACAUUGGAAUUUUAUGCACCACCAAAGUCUUCAAAACCAAGAGCAGGUAUAUACUGCUUCCUCAUAGAAGAGGUUAGGGAAACAACGGAACUUGAAUUACCUGGAACAAAGCAUGCAUUUGCCCUCAAAGCUGAGAAUAAUCUUGAGUUUGUUAUGGAAGCACAGAGUAUACAGGACAUGCAGUCCUGGCUCACCAGUAUCCAAGAGUCAAUGAAGGCGGCACGGAGGAGUAGUAGCCUAGAUCGAAGGCGUCCGCUACCAUCUGUUCCCUUUGAUGACAAUCACAUGGAUUCCCAACCAAAUAGAAACAGCUUAGCUGUAGAAUUACCCAACGAUGGUUCUAGUCCGGACCGAACCCCGAACAUAUCGCCGCCACCAGAUAUUCCUCCGAGAGAUCCUUGUCAGCAAAGAGCAUCGAGCAGCGCCAGCUCAGACCAGGCCAUUACGCCUGUCACAGCUCCAGAAGGUAUGGUCUUAGUAAGUCCAGAAAAUGACCAUGCACUGGCCAGCUAUCCCUGGUUCCAUGGUACUCUGUCUCGGAUCGAUGCGGCGAUGCUAGUACUGCAAGGUGGCCACACAAGUCAUGGCGUGUUUCUGGUACGGCAGAGUGAGACAAGGCGCGGAGAAUGUGUCCUAACUUUUAAUUUUCAUGGCAGGCCAAAGCAUUUAAGGUUACAGCUGGAUCAAGAUGGAAAAUGUAAAGUGACGCACAUCUGGUUUGAUAGCAUAUUUGAUAUGCUUGACCACUUCCGGACACAUCCCAUUCCACUGGACAGCCGUGACGGAUCCAGCCAACCAGAUGUUUCCCUCACCGUGUACGUCCCAAACACAAUAAGACCCAGAACGCCGAGCUCUGCUGGCAGCUCGGAUGGCAACGUACCUUUCAAUCUUAAUGGCAUGCCGCGUUCCGAAUUCACGUCACCCAGCGAUAGUUUCUUCCUGCCGAUCAACGACCCAUUGGCUAUGGCGACAAAUGGCAUUGCUGCUGAACCGUCGGAAGAGAACCAUAGAGGAGGGCGUGCUGUGCGUAACCAGUACGCAUUCGUAUGAUAGACUUUUUAUGUAAAUUGGUUAAAUGAAAAUGAAUUGUUAGGGAUGCAGGAAGGGUAUUAAAAAUGUUGUGGGGUGUUGACACUUCAUCUCUAAUUUUCCAACCUUUCUACCAGUUUUCUGUAACUGUGGAAGUAUAUGAUUCUAUGCAUUGAUGGCAUGGUUAAGGUUGUCAUCUUUGUUCCAGAUUUGAUCUGCAAAGUAUGGAGUAUUGGGUUUAAACUGGCAAAGAAUCCUUGUUAAUAGGAAUUCGAAAGCAAGUUUGUAUGUACAUAUGAUAUAAUAAGAAACUAAUACUGUACAUCCAUUGGUUAUACCCAGGUUUGAAAUAAUUAAAUGUUAAAUACAGUCGCAGACUCUCAAGUAUUGAUAUGAUAUUUUCUUUUUAUUUUUUUACUUUAUUUAUUAUGUUAAUAAAACAUAUGCAAAUUGAUGGAUUUAAAAAAUUUGAUCAGAUUUUUAGCAUUUGGCAUUUACAACUCAAAAACAAUCCCACUCAAAUUAUCUUAAAUGAAAUAUACAAAUAUUAAUUUUUAUUAGGAUUAUGCCUGAAAACUUGAAUUUUAUGCUAUUUUAAAAUAAAAUAGGUCAACAUACAAAGAAAUAGCAUCUAUGUGUUUCACACACAUCUUCUAUGUUUAUAUUAUGAUUGUAUAGGAGAUUUAUGUUUUAGCUGCUACAGCCAGGGUAAGACAUUCCUAUGCAAAAAAGAUCAUAUUUUUUCAUAUAGGAGUGUGCACCCGGCUUAAAAUCUGAAACACUAGUUGUUUAAUCUGAAAUUAUUCCUUGUUGAAAUAUAACACAUUCAUAACAAAUUUAAUUAUAUGUAUAGUAUGUACUAUUUUGUAGAGUAUUUGAAUUGAUAUGUGUAUUAGCAUCAUUGGCGCCAGUACUCUUGUGACUUUAUUAUGUAGGAAUUUAAUUACAAAGUUUAUAAAAAACAAUUUAUAUUAGGAUGAGGAGUUUAGUUUUUAUAGGGCUACAUUAACUUAUAUAUUCACACUAUCACAAUAUCAAAGGGCUCAAUUACCAAGCGCAUAGAGACUUUCUUGCAUGACGUAUUAUACAAGUCCAACUAUUGUUAAUAAAUUAAAAGUAUAUUAGUUAUUGUGUGGAUUAUUCGAGUUAUUAGAAUCAUAAAUUUACAUACAAUGUAUCAUAAUUUUAUUUUUUUAUUAACAUAUUCAUUUUACAGGUGUCCCGCCUUGUAAACAUCACUUCUGGGUUUGCAUGGUCUUUAACAGCUUUGGUGUCUAAUUAGAAUAAUAAAGAUGAUACAUUUUUAAAUUUUGCAACCAAAAAAGUGGCCUUUAAUUGGAGGUGGUCUUCAAUUGGAGGGUCUUUAAUUGGAGGGAAACCUGUACAUUAGAGUGUAAUUUAUUCCUUAUUUGAAGUUGAAUAAUGAUUAUUAUUUUGUUUCUGUAUUUAAUUUUUUAAAUAUUAAUAAUUCAACCCAUAGGAGGACCAGCCCAUUAAAAAAUUCUUUCCCAUUUUGCAAAUGCACUCAUCCCUAUGAUGAAACUAUAGAAUACAUUAUAAGCUUAUACCUGAUUCAUUAGAGAUAAAUACUACACGGGAUGCAUGCUAAAUGUCAGAGACUUCUAAAGAUAUUCCUACUGAUAUAUAUAAUCGUUUUUACACGAACAAUAGUUUACAAACACGCCGAAAGUCCGUACGAUGGACCUUCCCACCAAGCCCUGCAUCUUAGAUAUUGUUGCCAAGAUCCCACAAAACGACAGUGUAAAAAAAAAAUAUGCAAGCAUGUGUGUUUGCGUGGGACAACACAUGUUUGUGAGAUACGCGCGUAUUCCUAUCCUUGUUCUGCUUGGUCAAGUUUGUCAAGUUUGAUUGCCACUCCGGAAAGGUCUAUUUGUGUGCGGCCAGUAAAGAUGCAUGCGACGCUGCAUUCAGAGGUGUUACCAACACCCAACCUAAUGAUGUACAUGCUUUUGAAAUAAUAGAACUUGUUUUUUAAUGAAUUCAAUUUUACUGUCUUUACUAUUAUUAUAAUUAUCAUUAUU